AUGUCGGCGGCGCACUUUAUACCUCCUAAGAUUCAGGAUAAUCCCAACGGAUGGGGACCGAAUGAGAUCCCCGAGAAAUUCAGAGAUAUGCCAUAUCAACCUUUCUCUAAAGAUGUGCGGUUAGGAAAGGUUUCAGACUGGACUGGCAAUACUUACCAGGACAAACGCUACCUUGGCAAGUACAACUCAGCAUUUGGCAGUGGUAGCCAGUAUGCUUACUACCAUGAUGAAGAUGAAAACACCUUUCAGUUGGUGGAUACCUCAAGGGUGCAGAAACCUAUCUAUCAGCGACGAGGCCGGCUCUUUCAGCAGAAUCGUCAGCGGCGUGAUAGAGAACGCCGCCUUCAGCAGAAUCAGGCCAGCAUGCAGGUACUGACCAAGACUCAGAAGAAUCGUGAAAGGGAUCGUCAGAGGCUUCUCAAAAAGUGGCAAAAGCAGUUUGGUAAACAGAUGCAGGAGAACCGCAGCAAGAUGCCCAUUCGCAACCGUGACGCCUCUGUCCAGAUCAAGGAUGAUUGGAUUGUUGUCGAAGAAAUGGAUUUCCCUCGACUGACCAAACUUAAUCUGCCUGACAUUAAAGAUGGUGAAGAUUUGGUGACUUGUGGCUCCAUGGAGUUCUAUGACAAGUCAUAUGAUAGAGUCAACACUAAAAAUGAAAAGCGCUUGCGGAGAAUCAAUCGCAUCUUUCACAAAGUGACCACCACAGAUGAUCCUAUUAUCAGACAGCUAGCCAAGACACAAGGUAAUGUGUUUGCCACUGACGCCAUCUUAGCCACUAUGAUGUGUUGCCCCCGGUCAUCCUACUCUUGGGAUAUUGUGGUCCAGCGUGUUGGAAACAAGCUUUUCUUUGACAAGAGAGAUGAUUCUGACUUUGAUCUGCUGACUGUUAGUGAAACGGCCACAGAACCCCCUCAGGAUGAUGGCACUGCAAGCAUCAACUCCCCAAGAAGCUUGGCUUUAGAGGCAACUUUCAUUAAUCACAACUUCUCGCAGCAAGUUCUAAGGAUGAAUGAAGAGAAGUACAGCUUUGAGAAACCAAAUCCGUUUGUCCAAGGAGAGGAGGAGUCUGAGGUUGCCUCUGUUGGCUACAGGUACCGGAAAUGGGAUCUGGGCAAUGAUAUUGUGCUGAUUUCAAGGACAGAGCAUGAUGCUGUGACAUAUGGCCCAAAUAACGAAAUACAAUUUAUGAACGUCAAAGCCCUUAAUGAAUGGGACUCCAGAUUCGCAGGGGGUGUGGAUUGGAGAAGCCGUCUAGACACUCAGCGUGGCGCAGUUCUGGCUACAGAGUUAAAGAACAAUAGCUGCAAAUUGGCCAAGUGGACUGUUUGUGCACUUCUAGCAGGGUCUGACCAGAUCAAGUUUGGCUAUGUGUCUCGUUUACAUGUCAAAGACACAGCCAAGCACGUGAUUCUGGGAACCCAGCAGUUCAAGCCGGUAGAGUUUGCCAGCCAGAUCAACUUGAACAUGGACAAUGCUUGGGGCAUCCUGCGCUGCAUCGUGGACACCUGCAUGAAACUGAAGGAAGGAAAAUAUUUGAUUAUGAAAGAUCCCAACAAG